AGAGUAAAUUUCGGAUAAGUACGGUUUCGGAUUACAAUUGAAAUAAUAUCAUUUGAUUGAAUAUUAUAAUUGUGCAAUUAAUAUCUUUAAAAUUACGUACCGAAAUUUAAAUUGAAUGUAUAUGUAUUUAGAAGUAAAACUUGAAGUAACAGCCACUCUGAUUAGCUACAAUAAUGAGCGAUCAGGGAUACUUUUUUAUUAUUUUGACAUUUCAUGUGUAUCCCUGUAACGCUACAACUCUCUACCAUUUAACACUGGGCGAAAGAAUAUAUAGUAAUAUUAUGCAUCGAUGUUGAUUAAUAAUGAUAUAAUUGUUACAAAUGUACCUAACAGUGAUCUUAACUGGGUUGGAUUUGUCGUUAGAGUCGUUAUUUUCACAUUAAUAUACUCUGGGUCAUGAAAUGAGCGUAGCAGUCCACCAUUUUUUAUACAUGUUGAUUUUUAUCGAAUAAAUUUGUACCCAUCCGUCAAUGAUGGUUAACCCUGUGCGCAGUCACAGUUAUCCUCCCUUUUCUAUGUAUUGUGCAGAGCAACGCAACAGUGUUCAAAAAUGGUGAUACCUAAUCAUCAUCAUCAUCAUCAUCAUCAUCAUCAUCACGAACAUCAUCAUCAUCAACUUCUCCCAACUUGACCCAUCAAACACGUUAGCGUUCAGCGCAUUGAAAUGGUUGCAUUUUAAUAGUGUUAUUUAACCGAGCCUAUUAACGACGAAAAUAUUAGAAAUCCUCUACCCCGUUUCAUACAUGUACACAACCUGUCAGAUUUGUCCUAGAUUUACAGAUUAAUGGAUACAAUCGAUGCAUGUAAGUGCAUUAUGGUAUCUGAACAUGUUUUUUUGACAUAAUGACAUAAAUAAAUGUGUGUUUGAUAGUAGGCAAUGAUAUUUUCGUAGAAAUUUGAAUUUAUAACAAAGAUAAUUUAAAAAUUGUGGCCGCGAGGAUCCUCUGCGCAAGGCCCGUUUGCUACUUUUUGCUGGGAUGGUGGACGUCACCAGUCUGCCAUAGUCUAAAAAUUGUCAAAAGACUGGUUGACGGCCAUUUAGGUGGACUACCACUCUGAUCAUAGGGGCAGCCACUCUGAUCAUAGGGGCAGUUAGUCAUUCUAAAAUGCCGUCCAGGCUUUUUUUUUAAUGAUGGUUAGCCUGGAACGUCAUUCAUAAACAUGUAAAAACUGUCUAUGAAAUGAAAUGGUCUUCAUUUGUAUUCUGUUGCUUAAGACUACCAAUAAAUACAUUAAUUCUUAUCAAUAACCAUAUCCAUUUUGCAAAUUCACAAGCUAUUUCUUCAAAAAAGUAAUUUAAAUACCUGAUUUCAGUUGACAGGAGCUUUCUUACUGCCAAAAAGAAAAAAGGUUACACACAACUAUACUUUAAGGUUUCAAUCUGAAGUAGUAUUUUUAGUAUGGAUUAUCUUCCCCUAACACUAUCAUUAUCAGUUACCACACUUUUGUACUUAAUGAAUUUGAAAAAACAUUUAUCGUCACAUACAGGAUUCAAGAUGUAUUUACAAACUAUUCUAUGGGCAAUGUGGACAAUGCAUACUAUUAUACACAUGUAUUUAAAAUAAGACUAAAUACAAUAUUAACAUAAUAUAUCAACGGCAUUGUUACACUAAGUGAAUUAAAAUGUUUUAUUGUGUAACAUAUUAAUCAAAAUUUGACUUCAACACGACAAUCCAAGUUUACAAUAAUCAGAGAUUUUGCUGACUUAUCAAUUUAUUAUGUAUAUAUAUAGUUUCGCUAGAACAGAUGUUUCAUGAUGAUAUUUAUAUUAACAAAUACCUUAUUCCUCACAUCAGAAAACCUAUACAAAACUCAACUAAAGGGAAUCUUCAGGAAAUUACCAUUUUUAAAGAAAUUGAUAGAAAAACAUAAUUACAGAACAUUGUUGUUUGCUUUUUUUCCGACUAGAGUGCGUUUUAUAGUCAAGCUUAAAGCUUAUAGGAAAACAACUAGAUUUAGAAUUGUUGUGUGUUUUUUUAAAGAACUAUAUUGGUAAACAGAAGUAACACUUAUGUGUUCAAGGGGUUAAAAUAUGACAAAGCCAGGACUCUGCAUGAUAAUUGGCCUUCAUGCUCUUAUAGAAUAUGCCUUGGGUUGUUAUGGGACACUUGUGCAAUCUUCGCUGACUUUACAUUUAAAAUGUCAUCUUAUAGAAGGUCAUAUGCCCAGUUUGUGACAUGAACGCGCCAGCGGUUCAAAGAGACGCUAUAAAAUUUAACAAAGCUUAUAAAGGCAAACCGGUAAUUUUACCCAGUAUUCUAAUUUCUGUCAUACAAAGUAAAAGCACACAUAUUUUAUUUAUAAUGUAUGGUCGUUUUUAGACGGGAGGCUGGGUGCGUGUGGGAAAGGGGAAAGAAAUGUAGAAAUGUUUUUAUGUCAAAAGAUGGCAAUCAAAAACCUCCAAAUAAUUGCAGAAUUUCAAACCGUCAUGGCAGGUUUUUGUCAACAUUCAUACAAAUGGUCGUUCACUGGGGAACACCAGAAAACUUACUCGCCUACUGGUAGGAAAAAGGUAGGGAGGAGAGAGCUCGUACAAUCACCAGUUGGUACCUGAGGUUGCUCUUACCACAAGUUUGUGACAAGUAGUACUUAAAAAAGUUUUUUUGUUGUGUGUCAGAAUCUGGAUGCUUUAAAGAAACCAAACAAAGGAAUAUUAAGCAUACAAAAGUUCAAAGACAUCCAAGUGAGCGCAAAUGAGGGGUAAAUUACAAGAAUAGAAAAUAAUGAUACGAACUGAAAAAAAUGCCAUGCAUGCAAAUGAAAAUUCUUCCCAUACUUUGCAUGAUAACAUUCCACAAACUUAAUGAUAUUGCUAUUUGAUUCAUUUUGCAAAAACUAAAUGUCCUUGUUCCAAUAUGCUAACAAAAGUAAUAAAUGUUUGUAAACACUUCAUUCUUAAUUUGUUUUGAAUAAUUUACAGGUUUACAAUAUGUUGCCUUAACAAAACUACUGCCAAUGACACUACAGCUCGUACUAAGCUGUACUAAAGUAACUAAUAGUCAUGUGUAACCUUAAGCAGAGAAAAGAAAAUGCAUUUGGAUAUUCUCGGCUACAUUCGUUAACAAAAACAAUGGUGUUUGGUGAAUUUUGAUGGUGUUUGAAAAUGUAUGUUGUUUUAACAAUUCUGAACGUGAUUAUUUUAUAAUAUAUAGUGCAAUUGAUGUAAAAAGGAUUAGUUUUAACAGGUAAAGUGUUCUUUUUUUGUUUUAAUAGACUAAAUUGGAAUAAUUUCAAUAAAUUUGCGACCAAAUUCUGAUCGGCAUUUUGAACAUGUUUACGAAUUUUAUUAUGAAUGACGUCCAGGCUAACCAUCAUUAAAAAAAGCCUGGACGGCAUUUUAGAAUGACUAAGGGGCAGUGUGCAUUGUUUUGACACAACCCUUAAACCACGCCCCCCACCCCACCAUUUUUUUCCCAAGCUUAUCAAUAAUGAUGAUGGGCGAACUGUUACUUAUGAUAACUCAUGAUAACUUGCACAAAAAUAUUCUCAGUGGUGGGGUUGAAAAUUGAGUCCAAGAAAGCAAUGAUUAUUAUAUAUUCCGGGCAUAUGGUACAUGGGGGUCAUGUAAAUGAAGUAUCAGAUGGAUUAAUCUUUAAUACUGAUUUAAGAACUUGAUAGUUUCUUUCCUUGAGUUGAGACCAUUUUUGAUGAAUCCAGUGAUGGCAGGUAGAGCAAAAUAAGAUUUGAUCACCUUUGCGUUAUUUUUUAAGCAAACACUGCAAGUAUUUAUCAAAUCAUUACCAUAAGGUCAAGGAUUAAGCAAAACAUCUCCGCUCAGAUGAAGUGAUCAAGAAAAAUUAUCCAAAUCUGUAAGGUCAUUUUGCAGUUUGUCAAUUUUCCGUCCGAAAUCAUUCUGUCCGAAUACUCCACCACAUAGGUCAAAUUUCCAUUUGGCUGCCACAAGUCCACCUGUUCUGGUACAAUUUAUUUGAUUUAUGAUAACUGUUAUUUUUGUUAUGAUUUUGAUGUUAUUGAUGGCAGAUAAAUUUAAGAAUAAAUAUUAAUUAUUUUAUGUAAUGUACUUGUUGUUGUUUGUCGAAUUAUGGCGUCGUCGUCGCCUAUGGUCUCGAUGUACUAUAUCGAAUAUUUUUGCCGAUAUCAUCUUUGUGCUUUAUUCUAUGUACUUGUACACUCUUGUUACUUUUUUUUUUGUAAUGUACUUGUUGCUGUUGUUGUACCUGUAAACCACCUAAAAUUAAAGAAAACUAAGAUGCUACUCUAGAAAGAAUAUGACCUGCUUUAAAUGAAACUGGGUGGAGAAAUAUUAAUUGUUUGAAGAUAUUUUUAACUGUCAUGGUGCGGUUGAGGACAACUUGUGGAAAAUUUGAAAAACCAGAGCACUUUCCAGAAGGCAGGCCAAUAGAUUUGUAUCCUGAGCCUUUCCCUGCUAGCGCCUGUCUUUGUAUGCCAGUAGGAAAGCCGCCCCGUUUACAUAGAACUCGUGACGAACCUCCCAGGAAAAGAAGACGGGUCACCACAAUGGAAGAAAAAAAUCUACAAGAACAAUCAAUGAUGUCUGCAGAGCAGAGGCGCUGGAAGACUGGAGGAGAGCUACAGCGAAUCAUGAGUGGUGAGACGAGGCCAGAGCGAUUAGGAAGUGACCAGCGCCAUGUCAACAGGGUUAGGUCAGCAACAACUGACUCUAGCAGGUCCUUCCGGAAUCCGAACAUGCUGUCAACGCCACACUUCUAUGACUCCAUUGAAACAACGCCCGAUGCAUUAAAGCCCAGAAAAACACAGAGACACAAAAUUAAGCAGUCAAAGAAAUUGCCCGACUGGUGCUGGACUAUUAUCACCAUUGUCCUGGGAGUUGGCAGUUCAAAAAGAUGGGUGUCCUAUCUACUGUAUGGAAUAACAUUGCUUUCUGCCCUGGUGUUUACUGGUCUUGGUGUCCUAUUCACAGUUUAUGAUAUAGCUAGUAAGCAUUCUAAGACCACAGCGCACAUUGGUUUCAUAUCUCUGCUGAUUGGUUUCGCGUGGUUAUGUCUGGGAAUAUACUCGUUCAAACUUGCUGGACGCUUGCUUGGAGAUGAUGAUUUUGCAGCCAGUGUUAGGAGACACUCCAGGACCUUGUUUAAGAUCAACACAGCUUUCUUGCUCAUAUUUCUGGGGCUUGGAUUUACAGGUAUGAAUCUCUACAACGCGUAUAUCACGUUCGACACAGAUCGCUGCAAUACAAUCGGGCUGCACUACCUCGUGUGUCACAUCAUGGUCAUCGGUAGGGCAGUGUUUUCUGUCUUUGCUAUGAACUGGAACCUGAUAGUAGGGUGCGUGCUUAUGUCUGUCUGCAGGACCCACACGAUCGGUAUUCGCCGGUUCAUGCGGGACCUUGAGCAGGACGGACAGACGUACGAGCAGUUCUGGAGAGAGAGGCUGGAAAACUCUAAGGUGGGGGAGUUCAACAAGGACACUGUUUCAAUACUCAACAACCAUGAUUGGUUUCUAAUGGAAGAACAGGAUGGGAGUUCACAGGAACAGCUUGUUGCCAGUGGCAACCGAGAUGAUGAUGCACCUGUUUCCCUUGGCAACGGACAGACUAGUAUACAAGGGAGGGGAAUAGAACAGCCAGCUGAUGAUGUUGUUCUUAUGAGGGACCCUGAAGAUUUGGAUGAUAGACCAACUUAUCCAAAAAAGAAGUUAAUGGUACAAGCCCAGUCAAGUGUUGAGACAACCGGUUCAACAUCCGACCUCCUGGAUGAUCAGCCCCCGGUCAUGUGUGAGGAUGAACUACUCCUCUGCUACUGGAAAAUAUCGAGUCGUAUGCGGUAUGUAUCACAGUGCAUGCAGCGUUGGCUGGCCAGUUGGAUGGCGUUCGUGGUGAUAUGGUGUGCAGACUACGUGAUUUUCUGGCUCAGUCAUUCUCCCAAUAUUUUGGGCAUUAUGGAGUUUAUCGCCCCAAUGUUACUGCUGCUCGUCCUGUGUUCUGCGUACGCUGAGGCUAACGGGGAUGGCCAGUCCAUGAUAAGGUGUAUUUGUCCCACAAAGGAGAGAUACAAACUGCUGCAAUUUCUCCACAGACAGCCUCUACAGAUGCAGGUGUUCAAUAUGUCCAUUUCGUACAGCGCUAUUCUGACCGUGAUCCUUGCCUUUGCUGUAGCCUUCUCUUCCCGGCUCAUCCUGGAUGAGGUUUCCAAGGCUUGAUGUCCAUGGUUUGAUGGCCACAGGCAUACAUCACUAUUUAUUUUUGUUCAACAAAAUACUACUCAUUCUUGCCUGUGCUGUUUUGUGCUUUUAAUGACUCACUCUUGAAAAAGUCACCAAGACUUGACACCCAAAAUUAAUAGGCAUCAGGUGUAUAUGAUACAUCACUAAACAUUCCCAUAGCUGAUUGACAUGUUCAUCUUAAAAGAUGCCUUCUUGCCUUUGAUGUUGCGUUCUCUUACCAACCCUUCUUUGAUGAAGUUACCCUUGCUUGAUGUCCACAGUUUAAACACCACAGGAGUACUCCACCUAUAUGAAAUACAUUUAAUAUAUACCUAUUGUUGUUCAGCAUAUUCAACAACUUCUAGGAUCAGUGUUUCCCAACUUUAGGAUUAAUCUUGAAAUCUGAAAUGAGCGUUUUUAACUAAGGCCACACCAAAUUGAUAUUUCGUUCCGCGGAUUUACCGCUCCUAUUUUUUUGAAAAUGUAAAAAAAAAUAUUUUUAUUUUUUUUGUGCGCCCGCACCUUCAUUUUGAUCGCCAAGCAGAUUUUUUUCAGGUAAUAAUUUAUUAAAAGGCUAAAAAUAAUCAAGUAUAAUUUUUCUACGCUAGUUUUCGUGUUUUUGUAAAGGGAAGUUAGCGAUGCGUAGUGUUUUUAUACUGUAUACAGUCAUUGUUUGGUCCAAAUUGAUGUAUCAAGCUCAUUUUUGAUCAAAUUCUGACAAAACAACAGUUUUGAACAAAUAUCUUUUCACAAAUAGCGAUAUAAACACUGGUCUGGAUAUACCUCAACAUAAGUAAGCCUAAAUUUAUCACCUUGUAUUUUGUUUUUAUUUGCAGCAUAAUCUGGGAUUGUAAUGCACUUGUCAAUUGUAACCACUGCCCCGCCCACCCCUUGCCCUUGUUCCAGGAGUAUACCGGGGACAACAGAGGCAAUGGGCUGUGUUUUGACCUUUCAGGUGGCCCUGCAGUGUCUAGUGAAUGUGAUUUUGUCUUAAUAUUGAAAAUAGUCGGGAAUGGGUCUCACAUAGGUAUUCGGGGUUGCGGGGCCAUUUGGCAGGGAUUUUACCAGCAGUGUGUCCCUGCAGGUAGGGUAUUUUACCCGGGUUUUGAGAGACCGGAAGUCAAAGUCCCCGCUAUUCCGGACUUAAGGGGGGGGGGGCAUAUACAAUUGGCUGGUGCAUAAAAACAUCUAAAUAAUAAAAAAAAAAGAACUCUGAAAAAUACCCUUGUUCUUUUUGUUUUAAUAAGCACAUGUCAUUGCAUUUCCUGUGACAAUAAAAACAAAAUUUAGUCUAUGUUAUAUGGAGUCUGAUGUUUGAUGAUGCCUGUUAAGUGAUCAUUUUUUACAAAUCCAAAAUCAAUAUAAUGUUUGUACUAAAUACGAUGAAUAAAUAGCAUGUUUUCUGACAUUUUCCCAAUGUCCAUUAGAGGUUCAGUUCAAGAUGGCAUUAAAAUGGGUUUUAGGGCAAUUAUUUUGAACAAUCUUUCUUAUUUAUAUUGAAUACCCGGUAUAAGGAAAAAUAUAUUUUUCGCUCUUCGCUCGCUUCGGUUUUUAUGAAAACUGAAAAAACUUUUAUUUUUAUUUUUUUUCGCUCGCUCGCUCCAAUUUUUUUUUGGCAAAAAUCUGAGGAACUAAACAUUAAUUUGGUGUGGCCUAAGAUUAUUGUACAGUUUGUAAAAAUUGCUGGGAGGUUUGAAUCAAAACGAGUUGGAAGUGCCAUGAAAUUGGUGUGAUUGCAAAAGGCUUAAGGAAUCUUAAAAAGAUGCAUUGGUUCAAAGACAGCUGAAAGUGCUAAAUUAUAUUAUGCUUAUUUGCAAGAUUUAUUUACCCACAGAUCUAUAUUAUGUUCUCAUGAAAGAUCAUGCCUUUUUGUCUUAUCUAUCACUUCUUUUGUUCUAAUGCCAUUAUAAUUCAUUAAUGAUGUCACAUGGCUUUUUGAGUCAUGACAAUUCAAUAUCAGUUUUUCUCAUGAAUGUUGGAGAAGGAAUUUAAAGAUUUAAACUAAGUGUUUCAAAAUGCAAAAUAUUGUUACAAUGUAACACGAAUAAGUGUUUAAAAUAUCAGCUGUUUAUGAAGUGCAUGAUGAUUUCAACUGUGGAUGUCCAUUCACAAUGGUUAAAAAUAAAGAUGCUUAAUCUAGCAUUACCGUAAGAUUCUCCAUGUAAUCAGUAGCAUUAAUUUUAUUAAGUGGUAGUUAAGACAACUUAUGUUAAAUAUUUAUUAUAGGCUCAACUUUUUUAUUAAGAAAAGGUUAUGGUGUUGUGAUAACCUAGAUCUUGGCAUUGUAAAUGUUCAAAACCUUUAGCCUCGGUCAUAAUUCAUGAGAUAUGCUAUUUUGUACAAGGAUGAGAGACUUGUGUAACUACAAGUAUGUCUUAAAGUUGAUCAGCUGCUAUUAUUUAAAUGAUGAUGAUGAUGAUGAUGAUGAUGAUGAUGAUGAUGAUGAUGAUGAUGAUGAUGAUGCUGAUGAUGAUGAUGAUGAUGAUGAUGAUGAUGAUGAUGACUACAAUUACACAUUUGACUUGCCAGUAUGUGAUUCCUGUUAUUGCUAAAGAUAAUUAUAGAUAUUUAUUUUUUUAUUAUGAUUGUUAUUUGUUUUUUUGUUAUCUUAUGACAAAAUAAUACUCAAAAUACAAUUGUUCUUUGUGUAUUGCUGUUUUGUCUCUAUUAAUCUUUACUGUAGCUUAAAUUAGCAUCUUAGUGUCAGUUGAAUGUAACUCAUUAUUAUUUUGUAAAUUUUUUCAUGCUUUUUUGCUUUCUCUUUGAAAAUGACAAUGUCUCCUAAUAUUGCACGCAACGAUAACGUCCAUGAUUAAUAUUUUAAAUAUCUAAGGAAAACAUUGCUGGAAUGAGAUAAAAUAAAACAAAAUUGGUUAAAAAGUAAUGUUUCUUGUUAUCAUAUACCUGACUUUAAAUAAAGAUUCUUAUAUCUUGUAAAGUGGAUAGUUGAAAUCCAGCUAACUCUUCUCGUCAAGGGAGAUCACUGUGUAUGUUAUUGGAGGACUUGGUACCAGAAAACUAGGCCAGUUUGAGUUUAUUGUUGCUUGUCUCUAGUUUCCUUAAAGCUGCACUCUCACUGAUAGAAAGUUUUGUGAGUGUUUUAGUUUAUGUCUGAGGAUCAGCUGACUUGGGUUUCAAUGUCUUCAACUUGGUCAAUUAAGACAACUCACAACGGAUCUCAAUUAUUUGGGAAAUUGACGAAAAACUCAUUUUUUUUAGCGCAUUAGUUCCGCUUUUAGCCAUGAUUUAUCUCUUUUAAUUAACGUUAAAUAUUAAAAACUGCAUUCUGAGCUUAUCAGCAGUCUUAAAUCACCUGUUUCCAGACAUUUUUGCAAAGAAUCGACUCAUUCCAAGACAAUUUUUAUUUUUUUUAUCAAAAUGGCAAAUCUAUGACAGUGCAGCUUUAAUCCAAAACUCAUUGAAAGUAGUUGUGACUCAUGAAAUCUGAAUCCAAUACUAAAUUCACUUUUAAUUUCAUGCUUUAUAACCUUGUGUAUUCAUAAGGCAUGCACAAACAAUAUGUUUGUUUCCGGCUUCAUGCCACCAAAAAAAAAGGGUAGGUAGGUCUGAAAAUCUUUUUUUUAUUUUUGUUUGGAAAAUUGUUUCUUCAGAAUUCUCUGUUACAAGAAAUUAUUAAUUAUAUGCUUAAGAACAUCUAUAUAACCGGUAUAAGUAUUAAUGGUAUUGUUAAAAGCCAAAAUUAUAUUAUUUUUAAAAGAUGCACUCCUACUCCCAAAUAAGAUUUACAACAAUUAAUACAAUUGUUAAAAUAUACCAAAAAGGAUGAAUAAAUGUCAAAAACAAUGGUUCUUAAAAAGGAUACAUUAUGUACCAUGUUUAAUUUGAAAGAAAGUUGCAGAAAACUUGGUAUUUCUACCUUAUGAGAUGAGCAUGUAGUUAAAGGUUUAUCACUCAAAAUGUAUGUUUGUUAUAUAUGUUUGUGUAUUGAUUUUGAAGAGUUUCUUUUUAACUUUUACAAGAAAAAAAAUUAAACAAAUGAUAAAACAUAUUUUUUUAUGGCAAUAAAAAAGUUACGGAUCAGGGCAAAAAAGUAGGUUAGGUUAGGAAACCAGAAACAAACAUUUUUCAUUACGCCUUACCCAAAAUAUUACUUUGAAAAACGAAAACUGAAGCACAAUUUACAUAUUUUCUGUUUCGGUUGUUUUUAAUUUAUUUCGCAAAAAUAUCCUUGUAUUUAAAGUUCAUGUCCUUGUAGAAUAGCAAGUCCGACUGUCGCAGUGUGUAACACCUGGAGAUUGUUUUUUGUAUUAUAUUUGACUUUUGUUUAGCAAUGUUAUGUCUAAGGUUUUUUCUAACAUUUCAUUAUUUUGUAUAAAUAACAAUAUAUCAACUGCAAUCUACACAUACAACUGGUGGGAAAUAUUUGUACUCAAUAUUUGUAUAAUGCAUUUCUGUUUGUCCAGUUUGCCUUGUUAUAUUUAUAAAUUCAUUUUUUAUUUAAAAAUGAAAAAUUAACAUGUAAAAACAGCCAUUAAACUUUAAACUUUUAAAAAUAUUUUCAAAAUUGUUUUAAUUUGCUUUAGUUUUCAAUUUUGUUUAAAUUUAGCACUGAUUAUUUAUUUAAUCAACUGUGAAGAAGAUCAUCAGUGUAUGACUAAUUGGUAUUUAACUAGAUUCAUAAAAGCAUUUGAUUUUGGCUGUUUUUAAGGUGAGGUGUCAUAUGAAUACUGUCAUAUGAAUUCGGUAAAUAAGAGUUAAUUUAUUAACAUAUCUCUUCUAGUCAUUAAUUAAAUUUCACAAAAUGUGCAUUCCGUAUUAUAGUCAGAGGUUCUACGGUACAUGAUUUAUCCUAAAAUCAGGAUUGAGAAGUUUUAACUUCAGACUAUUGUACAGUUGUAACGAUUGUUUUUUUGCUCAAACAUUUGCAUCAAGAACAGUAAAGGAAGUACCUUGAAAAGAAUAUAGAUGACUUUGGAAACAAAGCCCCUUUACCCUCAGUUGGGCAUGACUCCCUUAAACUCAAAACAGUCCCAAACUGUUUUAUAGGAUUGACAGUUAUCAGCUGUUAGAACCCCUGUAUAUUAUUGUUGUGUUAAUACUCACUGUGUUCACUGUUAUGUACUGUAUUGUUAAUACUUGUAUUUAUCUUAUUUUUGUAAAGUCCUGUUUUAUACAAAUUCCCUUUAUUAAUUUCUGUUGUUAACAAAAUAAGUGAGCUUGGUAUUACAAUAUAGCAUCCCCAAUGUGAGUAAGAAAGAUGCCUUUUUUAAGAUUUCCCAUUCCCGCCUAUAUUUAAGUAUACAUUCAUGUCAUGCACAUGUAUAUUAUGCUACCAAGAAAAAAAUAAAUUUAA